AUGGCAGGGCUAAUUUGUUCACCUGUAUCUGGCAUGGCACUUCGGCGAACCGGUCGUCACCGGACAGCCCUUCUCCGCGGUUGUUCGUCGAAGCGGACCAAAAUCUUCGCUGACGGAGACGUCGUUCUUUUGCCACCCUCCAGUUCUAACUGGUUUCCCUAUAUUCUCCCUCUUCGUUGCAUUACUAAUGUGCGGGCCGUCACACCGGCAUCCUUAGGUCCUUACCCUUCGUACCCUAGUAAGCCUCUCGUUAGAGAUUGUGCAUCUAUGUGUUCGACGAAAGUGCGGGCGGGGUACCGAGCGUUCAACUCUAGUUCCUGGAGUGUCAUCCGAGCAUUUGCCAACGUGGACUUGGGGAAGCUGAGUGGAGAUUCUCCUCACACCGUCCAGAAUCUCGUAAACGGCAAAUGGUCGGGAACUAGGGAGACAUAUGACGUGGUCGAUCCCAUGAACGGCGAAGCCUUCAUCAAGAGCCCAUAUACGAAAGAUGCUGAACUAGAACCGUUCAUUGCGUCAAUUAAAGGGGUGCCGAAGAGCGGUCUUCAUAAUCCGUUGAAACGUCCGGAGCGUUACGUCCUGUAUGGCCAGGUCUUGCAGAAGACUGCUGCAAUGCUACACGACGAGAGAGUCUUUGACUUUUUUACGACGUGCAUUAUGCGCACAUUUCCUAAGAGCUAUGGGCAGGCUGCUGCCGAAGUGCGAGUUGUGCGAACCUUCUGUGAAAAUUUCUCCGGCGAUGGGAUCCGGUUCCUGGCUAGGGGAUUCAGUGUGCCAGGCGAUCAUCAUGGCCAGAUGUCCAACGGCUUCAGGUGGCCCUUUGGGCCAGUUGCCGUUAUCAGCCCGUUCAACUUCCCUCUGGAGAUUCCGGUGAUGCAGUUCCUAGCUGCUGCCAUGGUGGGAAAUAAACCUGUGGUCAAGACAGAAGCCACUCAAGCUCUCCCUGUGGAACAAUUCCUUAGACUGCUGCAUUACUGCGGGAUGCCGACAAAAGAUGUCGACCUCAUAAACACGCGUGGCCCUGUCGUCUCCGAGCUACUGUGCAAGGCUCCUGUCCGUCUGCUUCAGUUCACAGGAGGGUCGGCGACAGCGCAGCACCUCAUUCGUCUCCUUAACGGCAGGGUUAAAGUUGAAGACGCUGGUUUCAACUGGAAAAUCCUGGGACCAGAUGCAAAGGCGGAAGAACUCGACUAUAUCGCGUGGCAGUGCGACCAGGAUGCCUACGCGCUUUCAGGGCAGAAGUGCUCUGCUCAGUCGUUGUUGGCGGUCCACACGUCGUGGAAGGAACUGGGAUUGCUUGAAAAACUCAAGAGACUGGCAAGCCGACGGAGCUACGAGAACCUCACGCUCAGCCCUGUUUUGUCGCACUCCAACUCCGAAAUCCAAAAGCAUGUGGAUGCCCUCCUGAAGCUGCCAGGCGCCUCGCUUCUGUUUGGAGGCAAAGCCGUGAAGACGGCGAAGACCUCCGCCAUUCCACGCAAAUAUGGAGCAUACGAACCGACUGCCGUGUUUGUGCCCCUCGCCUCGAUUCUGAUGAACAACGAAAACUUGGAACUCGCAACAACAGAACUCUUCGGACCUGUGCAAGUCGUUACGGAGUGGGGAGCGGGAGACGAAAACACUCUGCUUCGUCUGAUGGACAUCAUGAAGCACCAUCUUACAGCUGCCAUCGUCUCGAGAGACCCUGAAUUUCAGAACCGAAUCCUUGCCAACACCAUCAACGGCACCACGUACGCAGGCAUUCGCGCGCGUACCACUGGUGCACCACAAAAUCACUGGUUCGGCCCAGCAGGCGAUCCUCUCGGUGCAGGAAUUGGCAGCCCAGAAGCUGUCCUUUCCACAUGGACUUGUCAUCGGGAAAUUGUUUUCGACCAGGGACCGAUCCCUGGGUCUUGGACUACGCCGCCGCCAUCCUGA